AUGACACCAGAUGCCAGCCCCUCGUCGUCCACCACCACCCCCAGCCCGUCAUCCACCGCCAUCGCCCCCGUUGACGACGCCGAAAUCGCGACCACAGUGCCUUUAAGCACGAGCACAGCAUCAACGCACGGCGAGAGCCACCACGUCCUCCUCUUACUCGACAUCCAAGUCGCCAUGCUCGCCCCACCCCCCGUCGGCGUCCCCGCGUCCAAGCUCGUACAGACCAACCUUCAACGGAUCCUCGCACACGCGCGAUCCGCCAAACCACCACCGCUCAUCGUGCACGUGCGCAACAACGGGGAUGCUGGGGAGCCCGAUGAGCCGGCAACGGACGGCUGGCAGCUUAUCUUCCCGCCGCUGCCUGGGGAGAUCGUGAUCGACAAGAGGAAGAACAAUGCAUUUGCGGGCACGGUGCUGGGAGACGUGGUCCCGCCCACGGCGGAGGUGGUUGUUGCGGGCUUUCAAACGGACUACUCGAUCCGCGCGACUUGCAGCGCGGCACUUACACGCGGGAAUGAGGUGUUACUGAUCCGCGGCGCGCACGCAACAUAUGACCGGAUUGAGGUGCUGCAUGGGGGUGGGAUUACCCCUGCACAUAGGAUAGAGGCAGAGAUAGAGGCAGAAUUGGAGGAGGCUGGGGUUCAUUUGCUUGAUAUGAAGGACCUUCCAGGAAUUUUUACGGAUCGGUAG